UCCCACCAUCUCUCCUUUUUGGUCAGCGUUUACCGAAAACGCCCCCCAAACCCCUCCCUCCAUUUUCUUGCUCUAUUUUCUUGGGAAACAAACAGAAAAUCAGCUGAGAAAAUCAGACACAAGUCUCACUACAUCGUCGCUUGCUUUCUCCGAUCGAAUUUCCCGCGCUGAGGUGGAAAAAUUUAGAUGGAUUUAGCUCCCCAUGCAUCACAUACCUCGAUUAUUCUCUCAUAGCAAGGGAACGAAAGCUAUGGAUCCGAAGAAGAACCGCCGGAAGCCGAGGCUCGAGCGCCGCAAUGCGGUGAAGCACAUUGACUACGACGCUGCCUCGACGUCGUCCUCACUCGAUGACUCGUCGUCGUCGGCGUCGCUCUACACGCGCUCGUUCGACCUGGACCGGACGAGCUUCCGGGUCGAGGGCAACGAGGGCGAUAUGGAGCGGAUAUACAAGACCUUGGGCCUCGGACCCGACGACUUCUCGAUAUCGGAGGAGGACUGGGUGGCCAGGAAGAUCCGCUCGUCUUCGGACCGUCUUCCCAUCUCCAGAUUUUACGGGUUGGAUAGUCCGGAUAGUCCGAAACCCGACGUAUUGAGGGAAGAAGUGGCUGAGUUGUCCGAUAGAGUUAGGGCUGUUACUGUUGCUGCAACUGAGUUGACUCGGGCUGACUCGGCCGUUCCAAGCGGGUUUUAUAAUGUUGCAGCUGCUAAUUCUGUUUCAGCUGGGGUUUGUGUUGGGAUCAAGGGUGUGCGGCCGCCGGUGCUCAAGCCGCCGCCGUCGAUGAGGGUUCCGGUGAUCGACGACGGAUGCUCGACUUGGGACAUUCUGAGGGAUUUCGCUCCAGAAGGCGCAGGAAACCCUGUGGGAAAGAGGAUUGAUUCUUCUUCUGCAGCUUCCUCUUCUGAUGAAAAAGAAGAAGAAGAAGAAGAAGAAGAAGAAGAAGAAGAAGAAGGAGAGGUUGGAGAGGAGGGUGCUGUGGAGAUUGAGAUUAGAUAUACUGUGCCGGUCUCUGAAGGGUGUUCAUUUACGACGUCGAAUGAUGAUGAUUCUUCCAGCACCACCACUGUUUCUCCGAAUGAGAGAAUUUCGCCGAACGGGAGGCUGAAGCUUAUUAUCACUCGCUGGGAGAAGGGUGACCUUCUUGGCAGUGGGUCUUUCGGGUCGGUGUAUGAAGCAAUUUCUGAUGGCGGAUGCUUCAUUGCUGUCAAGGAAGUUUCAUUGCUUGACAAAGGAAAUCAGGGAAAGCAAAGAGUUUAUCAACUUGAACAGGAGAUUGCUCUUUUGAGUCAGUUUGAACAUCAUAACAUAGUUCAAUAUUAUGGCACCCAAAAGGAUGAAUCAAACCUUUAUAUCUUUCUGGAGCUUGUAGCUAAAGGUUCCCUUCAAAAACUCUAUCAGACAUAUCAUCUUACAGAUUCUCAUGUAUCUGAAUACACAAGACAGAUCCUGCAUGGACUGAAGUAUCUUCAUGACCGAAAAGUGGUUCACAGGGACGUUAAAUGUGCAAACAUUUUGGUGCAUGCAAAUGGAUCUGUGAAGCUUGCAGAUUUUGGAUUGGCAAAAACUAUCCAAAAUAUGAAUGACAUUAAAUCUUGCCAGGGGACUGCAUUCUGGAUGGCCCCAGAGGUUGUUAACCGAAAGAGCCAAGGUUAUGGGCUUCCAGCUGAUAUAUGGAGCCUUGGAUGCACUGUGUUGGAGAUGUUAACUGGGCGGGUUCCAUACUCUAAUCUUGAAUGGAUGCAAGCGUUAUUUAAGAUUGGUAAGGGGGAGCCCCCUCAGGUUCCUGAUUCUCUUUCCAAGGAUGCACAAGAUUUCAUCCAUCAAUGCCUACAAGUUGAUCCAAAAAAACGUCCCACUGCUGCUCAGCUCUUAAUUCAUCCAUUUCUUAAGAGACCUCUUCCCACGUCUUCUGGAUCAGCAUCUCCUUAUCAUCACCGGGGGCCCAGCUGAAAACAUAUGUUCAGAUAUAAGUUGUGAUAUAAGUAUUUUCUUUGCUUUUUGGUAACAGCUCUGUCCAACGCUAGAGAUGCAGGACAUUUUAUCCACGUUCUGUAACUUGCUCCGGUAUCCAGUGUUCAGCCAUCAAAUUUUGGCUUACGCUAGUAGAGUGCAUUUGCGUUCAUCAAAUUUCAAGGUCGUCACAGGAUCUGCUAACCCCCAUUGGGUCCACACCUCCUUACUCCUAAAAUCUUGCACCGUGGAGCGAGCAGUCUAGCAAGAAAUUAUUCAAGCGCCUUCGUCUGUUGUAGGAUGUGAUUUUCUUUUGCCCUUAUUUAGAUAGGUGUUUGAUGUCCCGUGUUUUCUCCUUCUAGUUCGAAAGUAAGUUAUUCAGUGGGUGAAAGAUUUGUAUUAGCAAAAGUUGUUGUAGUUAGAUUUGUAAGAAAUGGAAAGGAAUCGCGAUGUGUAUAUAAUUUGUUAUCGACGGUGUUGCAAUUGGCAGGCGUAUAUAAUUUGUCAUCGACGGUGUUGCAAUUGGCAGGCUUACGUAA